CUUUCUCCGGAGUGUGUCGUUCUGUGUCGCAAGGGAUCGCUCGCAAAGGGAUCAAGACCUAUAUCUGCAAAGUAAAACCAAAACAAAACAAAAAUAAAAAAAUAAAAAACAAAAACAGUAACAAAUGUGUUGUGUAAAUUAAAAUGGAAGCAGAACGUCGAAACAGACAAGGAUGUUGACAAAAAGUGAAAGGAUAUUUUUGUGUGUUAGAGAUAAAAUGUUAGCAACUAGUAAUAAAAAAGAACUGUAUUAAAAAGGAACGCUGUUAAAUAAAUUUUAAUGCAAAGGAUACGAACGCUGACGAUAGCCGGUUUGGCUAGUAUCUCGGAAAACCAAUUGUGUAAAGAAAAGUAUGGUGAACAUGGAAGAAGAGCAGCAUACCGUGACAGCGUCGCCGCCGCCACGGACUGCUCUGAAGAGCAAUUUCAGCAUUCGCAGCAUUCUGACUGAGGCUUCCGCUGCCCCAUCGGUCGACAGUGACGACUGCAGCGAUCUUGACGUCACGGGUUCGCCUUUGGAUUGUUCUACGUCAAACGCGACGUCCGGCAGUUCGACGAGUCUCGAUAAGGACUCGAAAGAACAAUCGGAGGACAAGAAAAAAGCUGAGAAACCACCAUAUAGUUAUAACGCUCUCAUUAUGAUGGCUAUCAGACAAAGUCCCGAUAAACGGCUCACGUUAAACGGAAUUUACGAAUACAUAAUGCGUAACUUCCCGUACUACGAGAACAAUAAGCAAGGUUGGCAAAAUUCCAUUCGUCACAAUCUCUCGUUGAAUAAGUGUUUUGUCAAAAUUCCUCGUCAUUAUGACGACCCCGGUAAGGGUAACUACUGGACUCUCGACCCGAGUUCCGACGACGUGUUUAUCGGAGGUACCACCGGAAAAUUACGACGAAGAACAACGGCGGCUUCCAGAUCUCGAAUAGCAGCCUAUAAAAGGAGCGGAAUGGUGUUCGGCGCCGCGGCCGCCGCUUAUUUUCCUCCGUACUCGUCGUGGCCUGGUUUCUACAAUCUGCCGUAUGUGAAUCCGCGCGCGUAUUCUCCGGCGACCGGUUCCUAUACCAUUCCCUCUGGAUAUCCAGCGAGUUUGUUACCGGGAGCGGUGUCCACAUCGGCCGCCAGUCUGCCUUGUAAACCGCAACCUCUGCCGGCGACGGCAGCGCCUGCGACCCACGGUGCAUUCUCCAUGGAAAGGUUACUGCAGAAUCCCACGGCCUAUUCCACGACCAUCGCGACGCCUGGAAUCUCGUCUCCGGGACAUCCGUUUGAAGCUUGUCACUUGUACAAUACGUUGCGAUCAAUCGCGGCGCAUCAGCAGCAUCAGGCGACGAUGUACAGUCCGAGCAGAUAUCAUCUCGGUCAGACGCAGAUUCUGAGCCAGACCGCGUCCAGCACAACGUCGCCGGGAAGCAGUCCGGAACCGAUGCAUCCGCAUUCGCCUCCGAUCACGGUUUGCAGCACCGUGCAGCCGUCGAGGCCGCUGGCGCACAAUCCGUCGCAGCUUCUUCUGAAACCCAUCACAGUUCUCACCGGCCGACAGAGCUGAAGAGGAACCAUCAUCGCCUUCCGAACGGCGUCCGAAUAGAUACUUUAACGCGGAUGCCCGUUAACCAAUAAGAAAUGAAAUCAGUCAGCCUCGUUUAAGUAUAAGAACAUAAUUGGCGUACAGACAGCUUUUAGUAUCAACAACAUUCUGUCUCGUUCUGACCGUGAGAUAGAUAACAACAUCAACUACUCUUUCAUACAGAAAAGAUGAGAAGUAAUAAAUAUACGGUAAAGUAUUCCAAUUUAUAUGUAUAUGUAUAUAAAACAUUACAUACAUAAACAUU